CGAGGCGGGUGAUGUGAGCGCGUUAUCCGUACACUCAGAUCACUGACACCGUUCAGCGAGCGCAGAGGAACGACGACCACGACCCGAGCAACACUCGGCACCGCAAGAAAUGAAAAGAAAAACCAGUCAGCCGCGAUAAAACAAGAACCAUCCGAUUACCGUCUGCAAAUCAGCUGUUCCGCACUCGAACCGGAAGCACGUGAUCACAGGCCGCACCAGUGCCUUCUGCUGGCUUUGCGCACGACAUCGGGCGCCUCUGCGUCAGUUUCCCCCUGCGUUUAGGCUUAGCAACGUGCGGGGUUGACUGGGGUUGUGUGCUUGUGCCUGUGUGUGUUUCUUCCAAAGCUCCCGUACCUUCUGUUGUGUCUUCGCUGAGGGGAAAAACAAACAAACGAAUAACUAGAAAAGGGUCGCAACCGUCCCUUCGUCGGCGCCGAUCGUCUGUUUGACUGCGUGGAAUUCCGUUGUCUGCCCAAGUUGAGACGAGCUCGUGAAUGUUGGAGCGAGUCCUAGCCGAGUGCCCCCGUGCUUGUGUCGGUGUUGGUGCCGCCGCCGUCUUCGACGACGACUUCGCGCGUCUCGGCUUCGACGGCGCAAUGCGACGUGGCACGACGGAUAUGUGAUCUGGUUUUUUGAGGGAGGGUCGGUCCCGAUCCCACCUGUAGGGACUAAAAAAGACCUUUUUGGUCUUCGGCAUUUUUUUUUUUAUUCCCUCUGCUCGACUUGACGACAACUGGUCCGGGUAUCUCGCCGUUUUCGUGCGGUCCGGCGGUCGAAAAUGGCGGACGCAGACCCCGAAACGUUGCUGGAAUGGCUCAACAUGGGCCAAGGAGACGAGAGGGACAUGCAGCUCAUCGCGCUCGAACAGCUCUGCAUGCUGCUACUCAUGAGUGACAAUGUGGAUCGAUGCUUCGAGAGCUGUCCCCCCCGGACGUUCCUGCCGGCUUUGUGCCGCAUCUUCCUGGACGAGGGGGCCCCGGACAACGUGCUGGAGGUGACCGCACGGGCCAUCACAUACUACCUGGACGUGUCGGCAGAGUGCACCCGGCGCAUCGUGGCCGUGGAGGGGGCCGUCAAGGCCAUGUGCAGCCGCCUGGUGGUGGCCGACGUGUCCUCCCGCACCAGCAAGGACCUGGCCGAGCAGUGCGUCAAGGUGCUGGAGCUGAUCUGCACGCGGGAAGCCGGGGCAGUGUUUGAAGCGGGCGGCCUGCAGUGCGUCCUGUCCUUCAUCCGGGACAAGGGGUCCCUGGUGCACAAGGACACCCUUCACUCCGCCAUGGCGGUGGUGUCCCGCUUGUGCGGCAAGGUGGACGCCAUGGACCCCUGCCUGCCCAGCUGCGUGGAGGCCCUCUCGCAGCUGCUCAGGCACGAGGACAGCCACGUGUCGGACGGAGCUCUGCGUUGCUUCGCGUCCCUCGCCGACCGUUUCACCCGGCGGGGCCUGGACCCUGCGCCGCUGGCGGAGCACGGCCUGGUGCAGCAGCUUCUGGGGCGCAUGGCGCACGCCGCGGCACCGUCGUCCUCGCUCUUGGCGCCCUCCUCCGGCGGCGCGGGCGGCACCCAGGGGGGCGGAGGCGGCACCACCCCGGCGCCGCCUCCGACGGAGCCCAAGUCGUCACCGACGGUGUCCACCAUCAUCAGCCUGCUGUCGACGCUCUGCCGGGGAUCACCCUCCAUCACGCACGACCUCCUCCGGUCUGAUCUGCCUGAUGCAAUAGAGUCCGCGCUGCAUGGAGAUGAACGGUGCGUGCUGGACACGAUGCGGCUGGUGGACCUGCUGGUGGUGCUCCUGUUCGAGGGGCGCAAGGCCCUGCCCAAGGCCGGAGUGGCCUCGGUGUCCACGCGGCUCAGCUCCCUGCGCAGGGUGGACAGCGCUGGCGAGCGCACCCACCGCCAGCUCAUCGACUGCAUCCGCAGCAAGGACACCGACGCCCUCGUGGAUGCCAUCGACUCCGGCGGUAUAGAGGUGAACUUCAUGGACGACGUGGGCCAGACGCUGCUCAACUGGGCCUCGGCCUUCGGCACCCAGGAGAUGGUGGAGUUCCUGUGCGACCGGGGCGCGGACGUGAACAAGGGACAGCGAUCUUCCUCCCUCCACUACGCCGCCUGCUUCGGCCGGCCGGGGGUGGCCAAGGUGCUGCUGCGCCAUGGCGCCAAUCCGGACCUAAGGGAUGAGGAUGGCAAGACGCCACUGGACAAGGCAAGAGAGCGGAACGACGAGGGGCACCGAGAGGUCGCCGCGAUCCUACAGUCUCCCGGGGAGUGGAUGUGCCCCGUCGGGGAGGCGUGCGGGGGCGCCCCCGGGGACAAGAAGGGGGCGUCCUCGGCGGCGGAGCAGGCCGGUGCCGAGGAGGAUGGGGAACCCAAGGGGGACCCCGAGAUGGCCCCCGUGUACCUGCGGCGCCUGCUGCCUGUCUUCUGCCUCACCUUUCAGCACACCCUCAUACGCUCUGUCAGGAAGUCUAGCCUGAACCUGAUCCGCAAGAUGCUGCACUACAUCCAGCCACCCCUGCUGUGCGACAUGGGGGGCGCCGAAAAAGGGGUGCCCAAUUUCGCCUCCCUCGUCGUGGAGGUGCUCGCCAACGUCCUCGACUCGGAGGAGGACGAGGACAGCCUCCUGGUGUCCCUGCAGAUGGUGCAGGAGGUGAUGAGCAAGGGCCCCGGGGUGUUCCUGGAGCACUUUGCUCGGCUGGGGGUCUUCAGCAAGGUGCAGGCCCUGGCGGGUCCCUCCUCCGCCCUGCUGGGCUCCGCCGAGGCCCCCGAGGAAGCUCCGCCCGCGCCCCUCGGCCCCUCCCUGGCCAGACCCAAGGACGAGGCGGGCCAGGAGGAGGAGGAAGUGGUGCAGGAGGACGCCAAGGAGAUCUCGCCGGGGCGCCCGUACCACUGGCGUGAGUGGAGCCUAGUGCGGGGUCGGGACUGCCUGUACCUGUGGAGCGAGGCGGCGGCCCUGGAGCUGUCCAACGGCUCCAAUGGCUGGUUCCGCUUCAUCCUGGACGGCAAGCUGGCCACCAUGUACUCGAGCGGCAGCCCCGAGGGCGGCUCCGACUCCUCCGAGAACCGGGGAGAGUUCCUCGAGAAGCUGCAGAGGGCGCGCACGCAGGUGAAGCCCCACACGCCAAGCCAGCCACUGCUGUCGACCCCCGGGGCGGCGCGCCUGGUGGUGGGCAACUGGUCGCUCUCGUGCCGUCGGGAGGGGGAGCUGUCGAUCCACAACUCGGACGGGCAGCAGCAGGCCACGGUGCUCAGGGAGGACCUGCCAGGCUUCGUGUUCGAGUCUAACCGGGGCACCAAGCACUCCUUCACCGCAGAGACCUCUCUGGGGCCAGAGUUUGCGGCCGGGUGGGCCGGCCGCAGGGGGCGCCGCCUCCGCUCCAAGAUGGAGGCACUCAAGCAGAAGGUGCGAGUCCAGGCGCGGGAGAUCUACAACGCCCACUUCCGGAGCGCCCAGGCCCAGCCGCGGGUGGUGGUCACCCGGCUCUGCAAGAUCGUGGACCAGAUCGACAGGGCCUGCCAGAAGCAGCUCUCCUGCUGGCAGGAGCCCCACCCGGAGUGGGGUCGUCAGCUGCGGCUGGCCCUGCAGGAGCUGGUGCAGCUGCUGCAGGAUGACCGGGCCGUGUCGGCCUACGAGCUGCACACCAGUGGGCUUGUGCAGGCCCUGCUCAGGCUGCUCGGCAAGAACGGCUUGGAAGGGAGCAACCAGACGAUGUGGAAGGCCAACCGUCUGCUAAAGGACAGAGUGCACGUCUUCAAGAACUGUUUCCACGACAAACCCUACGGCAACGAGAGCCGAUCCCCGUUUGUGACACUACUGAGGAAGCUAGUCAUGGUGCUGGAGUCUAUUGAGAAACUGCCCGUCUACCUGUACGACACACCUGGCUCCGGAUACGGCCUGCAGAUCCUGACGCGGCGUCUGCGGUUCCGGCUGGAGCGUGCGUCGGGGGAGACGUCCCUCAUCGACCGGACAGGAAGGGGCCUCAAGAUGGAGCCCCUCACAACCGUCGGGCAGCUCGAGAAGUACCUCGUCAAGAUGGUGGCGAAGCAGUGGUACGACUACGACCGCUCUACCUUUGUGUUCGUCAAGAAACUCAAGGAGCCCGGCGUCCGUCUCGUCUGCAACCACGUCAGGGACUUUGACGAAAACGGACUCAUCUACUGGAUAGGAACCAACGGCAGGACCUCUCCGGAGUGGGUGAACCCGGCCCAGGUGGGGCUGGUGGUGGUGUCCUCCUCGGAGGGGCGCAACCUGCCCUACGGCCACCUGGAGGACGUCCUGAGCAGGGACUCCUCUGCCCUCAACUGCCACACCAACGACGACAAGCGCGCCUGGUUUUCCAUCGACCUGGGUGUGUGGAUCAUCCCAAACUGCUACACCCUAAGGCAUGCCAGGGGAUACGGGAGGUCGGCACUGCGCAACUGGCUGUUCCAGGUGUCCAAGGACGGGGUGACGUGGACCACGCUGUGGAGCCACACAGACGACUGCUCGCUCAACGAGCCCGGCUCGACGGCCUCCUGGGCCCUGCCGGGCACCGCCGAGGAGGCCCAGGGGUGGCGCCACGUGCGGCUGCAGCAGACGGGCAAGAACGCCUCGGGGCAGACCCACUACCUGUCCCUGUCGGGCUUCGAAAUCUACGGCACUGUGACGGGUGUCUGCGACGACCUCGGCAAGGCAGCCAAGGAGGCGGAGGCCAACGUGCGUCGCCAGCGGCGGCAGAUCAAGCAGAUGCUCAAGGUGAUGGUGGGCGGAGCCAGGGUGGUCCGCGGACCGGACUGGAAGUGGAGGGACCAGGACGGGAACCCCUCGGGGGAGGGCACCGUCACCGGGGAGCUCCACAACGGCUGGAUCGACGUGACCUGGGACCACGGGGGCUCCAACUCGUACCGCAUGGGCGCCGAGGGAAAGUACGACCUCAGGCUGGCUCCCGGCUACGAUCCGGAUACCGCGGCUAGCCCGCGGGCUGCUUCGGCAGCCUCUGCCAAAGCCGCAAAAACAGUAACGACGGACAGUGUGGCGGCGCGCGGCAGCGUGCCGGCAGCCGGCUGUUGCCUGCCGAGCCGCAAGAGCUCCUCGGCUUCCAGCCUGGUGCCGGACUCCUCCCAGGGGCAGACGGCCAUGGACCAGCAGACGGCCGUUUCCGCCGAGAACCUCACCACCGUCAAGGCGGCGGAGGCGGUGGCCGAGAACAUGCUGAUCCGGGCCCGGGCGGAGGCAGCCCUGUCCACGACGGGCAUGGAGGCCCUGGAGCUGCCCCUGCUGCCCGUGGCGGUCCAGCCCCGGGUGCUGCAGGCGCGGGAGCUGAACAGCCUGUCCCCAACCAGGGAGGACCCCGAGACGGAGGACGCCCCGUCCCCCGCUCCCUCGUCCUCGGCUGGCCCCAGCCUCAAGGCGGCCUCCAGGCACCGCAUCGACACCGGGGCCACCAUCCUGGGCGCUGAAGUGACCUCCGCCCCCCGGCGUUGCGCCCGCAGCUCCAGCAACGCCCGGGGCCAGGCCUCGGAGCCCGGCCGGACGGGCUCGUCCAACAGCAUGAGCGUGUCCGUGCCCAACUUGUCCCUGGGGCUGGCCAACGCCAACGAGUCGGCCGCCAGCCUGCUGGAAACCUUUGCGGCGGUUACGCGGCGCCGGGCCGGCAGCAACGCCGGCGGGCAGGGCGUGGGGGCGGCCCUGGCCAACGCCGCGGCGGGCGGCGGCACGGGCGGCUCGUCCCUCUUCUCCAGGGGCUCCAACAACGUCAGCUCCCUGGUUCGCCUCGCCCUCUCCUCCAACUUCCCGGAAGUCCUCGCCGACUUGCUGGGCGACAUCACGGUUGGCAACGAAGCGUCUUCGCAGCUCGGCAACCACCCCCCACCCGGAGGCUUUCUGAGCACGGCUCAAAGCUACCCGAGCCUGACGAGCACGACCACCACGGCGGCGGGAGGCGGGGCGGGGGGCCUGACGGUCAGCCUGACCUCCAUGUCCAGCGAGAGCGAGCAGGACUUCCUCGAGACCUGCCGGGCCACCACCCUCAUGGCCGACCUGGAAGACGACGACGACCUGCCGGACGACGACGACAACGAGGACGACGACGACAACGAGGACGAUGACGACUACGAGGAUGUCGUGGAGGAAGACGGCAUGGAGCUGCGCAGCGGCAAGCGGCGCAGCUGGGACGACGAGUUCGUGCUGAAGCGGCAGUUCUCGGCGCUGAUCCCCGCAUUCGACCCCCGGCCCGGGCGCACCAACGUCAACCAGACGUCGGACCUCGAGAUCCCUCCCCCAGGCUCGGACGAAUCAAAUGCCGAGGAAGUGCGAGAAUCGACGCCUCAGCCGAGGCUUCACCUGACGUUGAAGGGUCCCAACCUCCCAGGGGUUCCGGACCUGGAAGUGGACCUCGUGGAUCCUGAGUGGACCAUCUUCCGCGCGGUUCAGCACCUGAUCCAGACCUCUGAGAUGGGAUCCAGGCAGGACAAGAUAAGGCGUAUCUGGGAGCCCAUGUACAUAAUCAUCUACAAGGCAGCCAAGGAGGACAGCUCGUACUCGAGAGAGGAGGCAUCCCGCCAGGUGCCGGUGGCACGUCCCUCGACGAGCGGCAAGGGCGGGGUUCGAGAGGGUGCCCUGUCCCUGAGCAGCGCACUGGGAUACUCGGGGUUGGAGGCCCAGGGCGGCUGCAGCGUGGAUGACGUGCUGCAGCUGCUGCGUCUGCUCAGCACCCACCGCAGCCGCACCAGCUCCAUUGGAAUCGAAGAUAUUCUGAGCACAGUAACCCUGGAGGACUUCCUCAGUAAGAAGAUUACCAACAAGCUGGUACAACAGAUCCAGGACCCCCUGGUGCUGUCGUCUGGCUCCCAGCCGGACUGGUGCGAACACCUGACCUACUCCUGCCCCAUGCUGUUCCCUUUUGAGACCCGGCAGCUCUACUUCUCCUGCACGGCCUUCGGAGCCUCCAGGUCGAUAGUGUGGCUGCAAAACCAGCGUGACGCCAGUGCGGAGCGUCACCGGGGACCCUCCCCCCGGCGGGACGACCCCCACGAGUUCCGGGUGGGGCGACUGAAGCACGAGCGGGUCAAGGUGCCCCGGGGGGACAAGCUGCUUGACUGGGCCACCCAGGUCAUGCGCCUGCAUGCCCCACGCAAGACUGUCCUCGAGGUGGAGUUCCAAAACGAAGAAGGCACUGGCCUGGGCCCGACGUUGGAGUUCUACGCCCUGGUGGCGGAGGAGCUCCAGAGGAGGGACCUGGGCAUGUGGCUCUGCGAGGACAUCCCGACCACCAACGACAAAAAGCCGACGGCGGCCUCCUCGGUGUCCGGCCCAGACCAGCGUCCCCCGUGGGGCGGGGAGAGCUCGAAGCCCCCCGGCUACUACAUCCACACGGCGUACGGCCUGUUCCCGGCGCCCCUGCCCCAGGGGUCCGGGGUGUGCAGCCGGGUGAGCGCCUGGUUCCACUUCCUGGGCAUCUUCCUGGCCAAGGCCCUGCAGGACGGCCGCCUGGUGGACCUGCCUCUGUCCCGGCCCUUCCUCAGGCUCCUCUGUCCGGGCCCACAGGCCUCGGCGGCACAGCCCCUGGGGCAGGCGGCCUCCAACUCGGCCACCGCACGGGAGCAGUCGAUCAACCAGGUGAACUCGUCAAUGACCCGCGAGGACCUCGGCCUGCAUCCCUGCCAGCAGGAGGACGCCCCGCCCUCGGGCUUGCAGGUGCCUCGCAGGGGAGUGUCCCUGCUGGGCCAGCCGGCCUGGUUCAGCGGGAUCCUCACCCACGACGACUUCAUGGAGGUGAACCCGCACCAGGCGCGCUUCCUACAGCAGCUGCGGGAGCUCUCCGCCCAGAAGCAGCGCAUCAUCGGGGACAACUCGUUGAGCCACGAGGACCGGGUGCGGCAGCUGCACAACCUUGCCUUCCCCACCCACGACGGCACGGGGGUGCCCGCCCGCAUCGAGGACCUUGGGCUGACGUUCCAGUUCUGCCCGUCGUCCAAGGUGUAUGGGUUCGAGGCAGUGGAGCUGAGGAGUGGAGGGGAGCAGGAGGAGGUGACCCUGGAGAACAUCGAGGAGUACACGGAGCUGCUCGCAGACUUCUGCCUCCACACGGGCAUCCGCAGGCAGAUGGAGGCCUUCAGGGCCGGUUUCUGCAAGGUGUUCCCCAUGGAGAAGCUCGGGGCCUUCAACCCGGAGGAAGUGAGGCUCAUGCUGUGCGGAGAGCAGAACCCCACGUGGAGCCGAGAGGACGUCAUCAACUACACGGAGCCCAAGCUGGGCUACACGCGCGACAGCCCCGGGUUCCAGCGUUUCGUCAACGUGCUGGUGGACAUGACGGGGGCGGAGCGCAAGGCCUUCCUGCAGUUCACCACGGGCUGCUCGUCCCUGCCGCCGGGGGGCCUGGCCAACCUGCACCCGCGCCUCACCGUGGUGCGCAAGGUGGACGCCUCGGACGGCUCCUUCCCCUCGGUGAACACGUGCGCCCACUACCUCAAGCUGCCGGACUACUCCAGCGAGGCACUGCUCAGGGAACGCCUGCUCGCCGCCACCCGUGAGAAGGGCUUCCACCUCAACUGAAGCGCCGCUCAGGAGGGCAGUCGUGCCGUGGGCGCCCGCCCGGGACUCCUUUUUUUCGGCCGCGAGGACUCCUUUUUUCAAAGACGCGGGGCAAGAGCGCCCACCAGGGACCCCUGUUUGAAAGACUGAACACGGAGAGAGGUACCAGUGCCGAAAAUGUGCGUGGCAGAUGCCACUUCCGGCGAGGGUGGCGAACCAGUCGGAAGGCGUGCGCCGCAGGAACCGCUUCCGACGGGCAUGUCCGCGGCGCGUUUGUUUGCAGUGAGCCGGUUCGAAGGACGUUCCGGCGAAUUGCGAAUACGGAUCGAUCCGACCGAGAUCUCGGCGGUGAAAGUCGGAUGCUGCGAAGGCCUUUGCGGCGAAUUCGUGCCCGACUCGAACCUCCGCGACGGUCUUUUUCGUGGACGGAGGUCCUCGUUUUGGGGCGAUUUUUCUUCCGCAAAAAGCGGAGAAGGUGCACUUUCGACGACCUUUUGUAGGUCACCUUCGUUCCAGCGGGACGCUUCUGGCGAACGCGGUCGUGACGAGGGCGCUCGUUCAAGACCUCCGCCCGCCCCGGCUUAAUUUUUUUUAUUCCGGGGGCGACGGAAGUGGGUGGGCGCUAGUUUUCACGUAGAACACUUUGCAAAAGGGCACACGGCGCCUUCCUCGCUCGCUUUCCAACCAAUAUGCCUCCGGGGGUUAAAAAAAAGCGUGUGCCACAAGACGAGCCUGAUCUUUACGGAAGGCAUCGAGAGCCGUGCAUUGUUCGAGGAACCAGUUCAUUCUUUGCCGACCACACGUUUUGAGUUAACUUCUGUUUUUCUUUUCGGAGCGAACUCUUACUUUCGGUGCUGCAUUGCGCGCACGUGAGUGGACGCGCUUUUGCCGACUCGUCUCGUUUAUCCAGAGGGACCCGAACGGAAGUCUUUUUGCAGUGAGUGUGUGUGUGCGUGUGUUCGAAGUUGGCGAGGUAGAGUGCAAGGCACAAGCCACGGGCGCCGACUUGCGGACGCGUCAACCGACGAUGCUUCUUGCCACGGACACCAGCAGGAGAGACGACAGGAGCUUUGCGUAUCCUUCGUAUUUUCUUUCCUUUCCUCUCUUCGUCGUGUGCCUUUGAGUUUGUAUUUUCUUCCCUGACCUGUCCUGCACUAAAGAAAAAACUUGCCUCUUGCGUGCCUCCACGCGACUGAUGCCUCGUUGCGUAGAAAUGUCAGACGGGCUUUGUCGUCGCAACGCUCAGUUUGGCUUGGCUGGCGUCGGCAUUUUGAAAUUUGCCGACGAAGAGAAUUUUUUUUUUUUUCUUUUAUGGCCCAUUCUUUUUUUUGGUGUCACCGGUUUUAAGUUGCGCUUGGCCCUCUCCGGUGUGAAUAGAGAAUGGUGAAGAGUCGAAGUGCGAUUUUUGCUUCGCACGCGUAGCUGUAAUAGGCAUCUUUGGGCAGUUGCACUUGAAAGUUGGGGGGGACGUGACAACGGCAAUGCAGUGACUGGCGCAAUCUUUAGUCUAAUGAAUUCAGAGAUCUUUAGGCGAAGAGUCGCCCAAAUUUUCGCAUGGCCACUUACCGUCUCUGCACUGCUCGGUGCGUCUGUAGUGAUCGGUAGCGAUUAGAGGAGGCUCUGUGGAAGAGUUAGUCAUGUUACAUUAGUCUGAAGACUGGGCCGGGUGCAUGCAUCGUAACGUGGGAGGGGAAUAUUUUCUGGCCGGUGCACUUUAUAUCGGAGGCGGUUUGCCUGAAUGGUAGACGUUGCGGGAAAGUAUGCUUCCUUUUUUUUUUUUUUUUUUUUGUGUGUGUCUUGACAUGGAAUAUUGAUGCCAUCACUGGUUGUUAAGUGCCUGGGGAAGUUUACGGUUAAUAUCCUUAAUAGGUUUUAAAAAAAAAGCCGCGAACUCCAGUCAUAAUGAAUAAAGCAAAAAGUAAAAGAGAAUGUAGGAAGUGUGUAUAUAUAUCGAACACUUGACCCAUAUAUAGGUAUAUAUAUUAUAUAUACACAUUAUAAAGAAAAUACAAAAAAGAGCUUCUAUUGUACACCUACCUAAGUACAUAUACCUGCAGGAAAAAAAAAAGGCAAACUGUGGGGAUUUUUUUUUUUUUUUGCGAGAGUUGUGUGCUUUUUGUUUGUACUUUGUUGGGGUCUUUUUUUUUUGGUUGCUUUUUGUCGCAUGCCUGUUUUCGAGAGUUUCUUCAACAUUUUACUUGCGUGUGUGGGUGCGUGCAUGCGUGUUUGCCGGCAAAGAGCAGGCAAGAGUGUCGUCAAAUUAGUGGAAUGUUUGCUGCUUCGCUAGUAUAAUUAUUUAUGAUAGUGAACAUAGCCUGUUCCGCUGACUUCGGAGAAGAAAAAAAAAAUAUACUGUGAUGUUUCUGUGGGUGAAAUAAAGGAAUAUUGCCAGAUGUUUGUUUUGGGAAAA